AUGUAUAAAAAUAAAAGGUUGGAUUCUAGAGAUUCCUCAAAUAAUGUGCUUAUUAACAACAUCAAUACUAACAGUAACACGGUACUUGAUGAUGUUGAUUUAAGUGACAAUGGAAGUGUACCAAGAAGGAGUAAAUUAAACAACCCUUACGUCAUAUCUACCCUGGUUUUGUUGAAUAUUAUUUGGGGAUAUAAUAUUUACAAAAGAGUUAACAAAAUGUUAUCAAACAAUUAUUCGAAUGUGAUAUAUCAGAUUAGAAAGCCUAAUUCUAUUUCAAACCGUUUCUGGGCUUUCAAAUACUUUAUACUUGGUGGAUCAGUAGUGCCGAUAACAUUUUUAUCAUUUGUAUACUACACAAACUUUAGAAAUAACAAAUUAAACACUAGAAUGAAUAGCAAUAAUGUAUUUGAUUUAAAUUUGGGUGAUAAUAUCGGUAGGUAUGUUAACGAAGCCUCAAAAUGUAGUACGAACACACCGGACGCACAUUCUAAAAAUUAUAAUAGUAGACUGUUAAUUGAUGAUAUAAACAGUGUGUUGUCAAAAUAUAGUAACAACGCCAGUGUGAGAUUGGAAAAUCUCAGUGAGAAUGUAAAAAGGUUUGUACCAAAAGACAAUUUUAGAAACAUGGGCGUGGACUUAAAAAAGGAUAUAAACAAGUUAAAGGGAUUGUUUUCAAACAUAUUUUAA